UUUUUCAUUUCAUAGAAGAUAUUUGUAAUUAGACGUAAGACGUUUUAUGCUCUUGUGAGUGCUUGAUUUAUAAUAUAUUGAAUAACAAUGGAGAACGAAAAUAACUUCGAUGAAGAAGAUGAAGAUGUUGUAAUACAAGGUAGUGCUCUUCACGAACAUCUAUCAAAAUUGGGUUACACAGACUUUGAAAGUGUGUCUAUUCCCAAGAAAACACAUCUUGAAGAAAAAAAGAAUUUUCAUAUCAAUGUCAGAAGCACUCUAGAACAGAUUUAUGUAAAACUAAUAUCAUUUUAUUCUUGGAUUAUGCAGGAAAAUAAAAUAUCUGAAAAGCAAUUAAGUGUAAUCCUGAAGAAUGAGGUUUUAUUGAUUGACCACUCUUCUGCGAUAAAUAAUUUUCUAGUCAAGUGCAAUAGCAAUUCUAAAAAAAUAAAAUUACAAGAAUUAGUUGUGACUGGAAUUAUAUUAGCUUCUUCAGCAUGUAUUUCAAUGUGCAAGUAUAAGGUGUUUCCAAUAUUGUUUGCAUCGUCAGCAAUCUGUUGUGCCAGUUACAUAAAAUAUUUACGUUCUUAUACAAAUAGAGAAUUAAGGAAUGUUAUAUCGUUGCAAAAUGAGCUUUUUGCAAUGUGUAAAGAAAGUCUGAAAAUUUUGCAACGUGAUUAUAAUAUAAAAUUUGGUUUUGAUACUUCUCAAGAAUUUCUUAGUCAUUGUUUAGGCGAAAAGUUGCAAUAUUUACAGCUUCUCGCAAACACUUUGGUGCAAUUUAUGGGAAAUGUGUCAAGUAUAUAUUAUGAAUCUUCUCUAUCAAUUGCGAAAUUACUGCCAACAAGUGUGCUUACUGAAGAAUCAUUUACGAAAUUUGAACAUGAUGCCUUUGAAAUACAUGACGAAAUCAACUAUCAAACAUUAAAGAAAUUGUAUCAUACCUACCUUCUGGUGCAAUCAGAAAUGCUAUAUUUAUUAGCUAUUGCGUAUGACAGCAAUACUUGGGCGCAUUCUUGUCGCAAGAUGCCCGAAACAAAGUUAGCUUAUAUAAUACAUAUGCUGGCUAAAACAUUGACAAUGUACAAGGUUCGACUGUCAGAAAUCAUUAAUACGUAUCAUGCUUGCAAAGUUGAACCAAUUCGACACAAGGCGCAGAACAGAGCUAAGUGGCACGAUCCAACUGUUCAAUUGGGUUUGGCCUCGUACAAGCUGCAAUUCAGCUACGGUCAAGUAUUUUCGAUAUUUAAAGAUAUAGAUGACUGCAUCAAUCGGGAAACUAGUAUCGAUAAGGAAACAGCCAAGGCACUUAUGGAAAGAUUGGACAAAGCAUUCAAGGAGGUAGAUGCGGCUAAAACUCUGGCAGAGUUUGUCGUUUUGUUGAUGGCAAGAUCGGAAUUCGAUAAUCUCAGAAGCAAUACACCAGCAACCGAUGAUGCUACAAUAAAUCGGGAUCCCGAUUUGUCCACUAUAAUAAUCGACUCGGAUCCAGAGAUUUUCGACGAGGUGUUUGAAGAGUACAUCAAGGAGGAGUAUCAGAAGCCCUUACACGAGGAUGCAGACGAGUACUCAUCGGAGCAAUAUAAGUUGAAUAAACUUUUGGCCAAAAGUUUUAUGAACGAAUUGAGAGGAGCUUUGGUGGACAAACAUAAGUCUAUGUCCGAAAGAGAAUCCAAUGCCCUGCAACGUAUGUACAAAAAUAUGACAAAGGAUUUUGUAGAAGACAACGCGAACGAAAUACGCCGACGUACACCGACUCCACCACCAAUGCCUUCUUAUUAUCUAUGGUCAACACCGACAAACAGAGAGCAAUGUAUAUACAAAGGUAUAACAAAGGAUCCUACAGCAAGUACAGAAAACGACGCAAACAAGGAGUGCCGACACAUACCUGCUCCACCACCAAUACCUUCUUAUUAUUAUAAGAAUAUGCGGUCGACGUCAACAGACAAUGAGCUUAAUUCAAGUUACAAAGAGAAGACUUCUACUUGCGGGAUUAAAAUAAGUAGCAAUUCGUUUAAUUUAUUAAAAAUGAACGAGCCAGAAGAAGUAGAUCCCACAAAAACGCCAGGAGAUAGGAAUGUUUUUAAUAGAUCCAAUGAAAGCUGUGAGAACAAAGAUGAAGAAUCUCUUAUAUCUUUACCCCACGUUCUCCUUGAAACUCAAGCUACGAGAUUUGCUGCAAAAUUACCGCCUGCUUUUCUUCAGGAAGAAAUAUUUAUUGGAAGUGGCGAGAAUUCUGAGGAUGAAAUGAUGAACGAUGCAAGUGAUAAUGAUGAAGUUAAUAAAAAUUCUCAAUAAUAAAACGAAAACUGAUUAAUAAAA